AUGGAAAAGGAUCCAAAAUGUGGAUAUAUGAAAACAUACUUACCUGUAUUAUUUGUAAAGAAGAAUUUUGAAAAACACAUAGAAUUGCAUGGUAUGGGACAGGAAUAUACUGCAGUAUCGAAGGAAAAAGAUUUAGAGGAACAGGGGAACGGCGAAUUAACGUAUCCGCUACAGAACGGUCUUAGAAUUAUACUGGGAUUAAAAAAGAAACCGAAAUCAAAAAACCAAAGAACAAUACUCGAAGCAAAAAAAGAAGAAACUUGGGAUAUGAUUAAACAUCACUGGACAGGAGACCAAGUACGAUUACUUUUAAGAAUACUAGGAACCGAAGAAAAUCGACUAGACAAAGACGACCAACAAGAACUAAAACAGGCAAUAAGAAACUCGAUAAAUAAUUGGGACGGAUUUGACUUACGGAAGGAACAAGAAUUUGCGAACAAUAUCAAGAAAAAAAUAGAAGGAAAAGGGAAACAACCAAUGUAUCCAAGAAAAUCGGAAUCAUCGAACGAACCAGAACCACCUUAUCAAAAUAAGGAACAACAGAAAAAUAUGGAAAUGACACUUUUAAAAGGAUGGAUAACUCAAAUAUCCGGAAUAAAAGAACCAGAAGGAACCGUAAAAGAAGCAUUAGACGCAUUUGAAUAUUUACAAUAG